GUCAAGUUAACCAUUCAGUUUCCAAGCGUUGACAUCGAUCCUGCGGUGUUACAAUAUCGAAAUAAAAACAUUAACAAACAAUUUAAAAAAUUAAAUUAUUUUAAAUUUAUUAAAAAAAAUCAGUGCUUCUUGUAUCUCUAAUAUUUAUUUCAACUUAACGACUAAAUACUAUCAACAGUAACCAUGAUUAGCAUUUGUAAAUCAGUUAUUUUAUUUACAAUCUUCAUGAUCAUAACAAUCGUUCAUAUUGAGGCUCGACCACAAAAUGCACUGGACUCCAAUCAGGCAUUGGAUACAGUGGAAACUGACGUAGACGAAAUGCAAAAUUCCUACUACGACUUGCCCCUGCAACAGCCACAAAAUAUCUAUCCCAGUAUACCAUUGGAACGUUUACAAAUGCUCAUUGCUCGUUACAACAGACCCACAGCCUAUUUGCGUUCUCCAUCCGUCGCUGGCAUGAAUGAAUUGUAUCGUGUGCCCGAAUCAAAGCGUCAAGUCAGAUAUCGACAGUGCUACUUCAAUCCCAUUUCGUGCUUUAAGAAGUAAAUUUUGAAUUAAAUUUAUUUAAACAUGCUACGGUUUGAUUUAGAGAACAUAAAAUUAAUAUUUUCCCCUCAUAUAAAAUAAAUUAGUAAAUUAAAAUUUCGAAACUUACUAAAUGCUAAUUUAACUUCAAGUCAAUGCUAAAAUGUAGUUUUAAAAAAUUACUGUUUUAAUUUUAAAUUUGUUUCUCUCUCAAAGUAUUAAAGAUAAAUUAAAAAAGCCAUUUAAUUUUUGUU